GUCAUUAUUAUUAUCCAGUCUGCUCCCAGCUCAGAAUGGCCAGAUUCACUCAGACUGAGACAAGAAGGGAGCAGCACCCACAGCCGCCCCAUCCCGCUUACUCCAGCCUGCUUUUCACUGGACCCGGGGCAGCACCGACCCAACAUCCACUCCUCCUAAUCCCGCACCAGCACCAGUACGCUCAGAUCACAUUUCCUAAACCCAUGAACGGGUCAGAAUCCAUCUCCAUUCAUCCGGAGAACGGCACCAUGAAAGACCAAGAUGCCAUAAAACUCUUUAUCGGGCAAAUACCGCGGAACCUUGAGGAAAAAGACCUGAAACCAUUGUUCGAACAGUUUGGGAAAAUCCACGAAUUGACAGUAUUAAAGGACCGAUACACCGGCAUGCACAAAGGCUGCGCGUUCCUCACCUACUGCGCCCGCGAGUCGGCCAUCAAAGCCCAGAACGCCCUCCACGAACAGAAGACACUGCCGGGGAUGACUCGCCCCAUCCAGGUGAAGCCAGCUGAUAGUGAGAGCCGUGGAGGCAAGCCUGAUGACAGGCACAGGCUGGAUAUAAAGGUGGCUGCUAUUGCUUUUUGA